GAUCCUUUCAACAUCUCGUACCCAAGUGCUGUGCAAAACUCGCUCGGGGCUGGGGCCAUCUUCUCUCGUUAUGACACCUCCGGUCGCUUUAUCGUCGCAGGCCGGAACGACGGAUCAGCGGCUGUCUGGGAUCUGGACACAAGGUCGCCCAUACGAUGGCUAGAAGGUCAUGUCAAGGGAGUCACGCAUGCAGAUUGGUCGAGGAACUCCAGGUACCUCUUGACGACCUCGAAAGAUUGGAACGUAGUGGUGUGGGACCUCGCGGCCGAUUUUGACCCGCCUCAGCGGCAUACUACCGUGCGCUUCGAUGCGCCAGUUCUUCAAGCUUAUUUUCACCCCAGAAAUAGGCGAGCAUAUGAAUUGCUAGCCGCAAAGGUGAUUGGCAGCUCAUGUUCUUGUUUCAGCAAAAUCAUGGUGGUCCUCCUCACAUCAGGCGACGCGUAUCUCGUCGACUUACGAGAUGGACACAGCGGUCGGACAGAGCUUCUGGAGGUACAGGAUGAAGUGGAUGAAGAGGCCGACGGGCAUCGACACCAUAUCGCUGCUAUGACGGCAGUCCGUUUCGACCCUUCUGGUAAGCAUAUAUUCGUCGGGACAUCCAACGGUUCCAUUAUAGUGUUCAAUACUCGGACAAAGACGAUGGUAGGCCGACAUCGAUCAUCAGGGGGUAAUGGCUAUAUCAAAGGCAUUGAAUUUGUACGUUCUGGACGACGAAUGGUCACGAACUCGUCAGAUCGGACAAUCCGGCAGUUCAAUGUCCCUACAUACCCUACGCCAAGCGCCGAGGAGGCUCUAUAUCUCGAACAAGAGCUGGAACCGACGCACAGAUUCAAUGAUCCUAUCAACCGAACGGCUUGGCACGCCGUGGCCUAUUCCCCGGACGGGGAAUGGCUGGCAGGUGGCGCGGCCGACCCAGCUAAUCACAAAAUUUACAUCUGGGACAUCUCGAACGAUGGCCAGUUUGCUGCGACGCUUGACGGCGGCAGGGAACCACUAACAUAUAUUCAUUGGCAUCCGUCGAAAAGCGCCAUCGCGUCGACGACUAAUCAAGGCACUAUUCUCAUCUGGCAUUGUCCGACGCCGGAGCGAUGGGGCGCAUUCGCUGGCGGAUUCGAAGAAGUGGACGAGAACGUCGAGUACGAGGAGAGGGAAGACGAAUUUGAUAUCGAGGAUGAAGCAGAAAUAGCGCGACGAAAACAGAUAGCGGAAGAGUUCGAGGUCGACAUCGACGGCAUGAAUGAAGAGCAAGUACAAGAGCAUACGGUAUUGGAUGGCGAUAACGAGGAGGAUUCUGCAUGGGCAGAGGAAGAUGCAGACGAUGACGUCCGAGGAUGGAAAAUGAAGACCGUGAUGGAGGAAGAAACCGACUUUGUAUAG